CGGACACUCCCGGAGCCGUCUCUGGUCGCGGGGGUACGGUGGGCUUGACGGGGACGGGGAGGAAGGUGCCUUCGACCGCUGCCCGAGUAAUUGACCCAGAACUCAUUUUCAGGAAAAAGGGCUUCCUUCAAAAUGGUAAAAUAAUUAAACGAGGAAUUUGAGCAUUUUAUCUUUGGAUGGAAAUCUGAGAAUGAAAAGAGCGAUUAAUCCAAGCCAUGUGGUAAAAUUAGGAAUUUGAAGAGAAUGGAAACGUUUACAUUUUUGUGGACAUGUAUUUUUCUACCCCUCGUACGAGGGCACAGUCUUUUCACCUGUGAACCAAUUACUGUUCCCAGAUGUAUGAAAAUGGCCUACAACAUGACAUUUUUCCCUAAUCUGAUGGGUCAUUAUGACCAGAGUAUUGCGGCUGUGGAAAUGGAGCUUUUUCUUCCUCUUGCAAAUCUGGAAUGUUCACCAAAUGUUGAAACUUUCCUUUGCAAAGCUUUUGUACCAACCUGCACAGAGCAAAUUGAUGUGGUUCCACCCUGUCGUAAAUUUUGUGAGAAAGUGUAUUCUGACUGCAAAAAAUUAAUGGACACUUUUGGGAUCCGAUGGCCUGAGGAACUUGAAUGUGACAGAUUACAGUACUGUGACAAGUCUGUUCCUGUAACUUUUGAUCAACACACAGAGUUUCUCAUUCCUCACAAGAAAACAGAACAAGUCCAAAGAGACAUUGGAUUUUGGUGUCCAAGGCAUCUUAAGACUUCUGGGGGACAAGGCUAUAAGUUUCUGGGAAUUGACCAAUGUGCACCUCCAUGCCCCAACAUGUAUUUUAAAAGUGAUGAGCUAGAGUUUGCAAAAAGUUUUAUUGGAAUAGUUUCAAUAUUUUGUCUUUGUGCAACUCUGUUUACAUUCCUUACUUUUUUAAUUGAUGUUAGAAGGUUCAGAUACCCUGAGAGACCAAUUAUAUAUUACUCUGUCUGUUACAGCAUUGUAUCUCUUAUGUACUUCAUUGGAUUCUUGCUAGGCAAUAACACAGCCUGCAAUAAGGCAGAUGAGAAACUAGAACUUGGUGACACAGUUGUUCUAGGCUCUCAAAAUAAGGCUUGCACCGUUUUGUUUAUGUUUUUGUAUUUUUUCACAAUGGCUGGCACUGUGUGGUGGGUGAUUCUUACCAUUACUUGGUUCUUAGCUGCUGGGAGAAAAUGGAGUUGUGAAGCCAUUGAACAGAAAGCAGUGUGGUUUCAUGCUGUUGCAUGGGGAAUACCAGGUUUUCUGACCGUUAUGCUUCUUGCUAUGAACAAAGUUGAAGGAGACAACAUUAGUGGAGUUUGCUUUGUCGGCCUUUAUGACCUGGAUGCCUCUCGCUACUUUGUACUCUUGCCACUGUGCCUUUGUGUGUUUGUCGGGCUCUCUCUUCUUUUAGCUGGCAUUAUUUCCUUAAAUCAUGUUCGACAAGUUAUACAACAUGAUGGCCGGAACCAAGAGAAACUAAAGAAAUUUAUGAUUCGAAUUGGAGUCUUCAGUGGCCUGUAUCUUGUGCCAUUAGUGACACUUCUUGGAUGUUACGUCUAUGAGCAAGUGAACAGGAUAACCUGGGAGAUAACUUGGGUCUCUGACCAUUGUCGCCAGUACCACAUCCCAUGUCCUUACCAGGCAAAAACAGAAACUCGACCAGAGUUGGCUUUAUUUAUGAUAAAAUAUCUGAUGACAUUAAUUGUUGGCAUCUCUCCUGUCUUCUGGGUUGGAAGCAAAAAGACAUGCACAGAAUGGGCUGGGUUUUUUAAACGAAGUCGCAAGAAAGAUCCAAUCAGUGAAAGUCGAAGAGUACUACAGGAGUCGUGUGAGUUUUUCUUAAAGCACAAUUCUAAAGUUAAACACAAAAAGAAGCACUACAAACCAAGUUCACAUAAGCUGAAGGUCAUUUCCAAAUCCAUGGGAACCAGCACAGGAGCUACAGCAAAUCAUGGCACUUCUGCAGUAGCGAUCACUAACCAUGAUUACUUAGGACAAGAAACUUUGACAGAAAUACAAACCUCACCAGAAACAUCAGUGAGAGAGGUGAGAGCAGAUGGAGCGAGCACCUCCAAAUUACGAGAACAGGACUGUGAGGACCCUGCCUCCCCAGCAGCAUCCAGCUCCAAACUCUGUGGGGAACAGACCGACGGGAAAGGCCGGGCAGCCAAUGUGAAUGAUAAGAGCAGUGUGUCUGAAAGUGCACGGAGUGAAGGAAGGCUAACUCCAAAGAGUGAUGUCACUGAAACUGGCCCAGUGCAGAGCAACAGCUUGCAUGUUCCCAGGUCUUCAGAGCCAAGCAGCCUCAAAGGCUCCACAUCACUGCUUGUUCACUCAGCGUCAGGAGUUGGAAAAGAGCAGGGCACUGGUGGUCCCUCAGAUACUUGAAAACCAGAUCAUCGCGUUACUAAGAAGUGAAUUCCUGUUACACUGGAGUUGACAGUACACUGUCUUAUAAGAAUCACUGUUAUAUUCUUCUUCUGCACUUAAAGCUACAUUGCCUCCUGUUACACUGGAAACAAUAGAUUCUGAGAAUAUGAUUCAUUUCACAUAGAGGUUAAUUGACAACAGUAUACCCCCAAAAC